CGUCCGUCGGUUUCAAUUUCCGCCCUCAAUUGAAGCCCUAAUUCUCUCAUCCGCGACAAGUUAACCGCCUUUUGCUCGCAGAACCGACGCCGGACAUCGCCGGCCCGCCGCCCGCCGCCGCCGCCGCCGCCGCCGUCUCGGCGCCGACUCCUCUCCGUCGCACCACCGACACCUGAAGAUGAGUCUUGUGACGGAUUCACCAGUGCAUUCAUCUAGCAGCGAUGACUUCGCAUCCUACCUCGAUGCUCAGUUAGGUUCUGGUUCUACUGGUACAUCUGGUUCAUCGGCUGAUGACGAAACUGACAACGAGAGUGAUCAUGAAAGCGAAAGGAUAAAGAGGCGCAAGGCAGAGAAACUGGAAAUUUUAGAGGAACCUGAGGGGUCAACUUCACAUGAAUAUUCAGAACAAAUUUUAGAUUCAGAACAAAUUGUAGAAACAACCAUCAAGCAGGAUUCCUGUUCACAUCCUGGUUCUUUCGGGGGAAUGUGCAUGCGUUGUGGCAAAUCCCUUGAAGAGAAAUCAGGUGUAACAUUUGGCUAUAUACAUAAGGGUUUAUGGCUUGCUAAUGAUGAGAUUGCUCGAUUGCGGAAGACAGAUAUGAAAAAUUUGCUACGUUACAAAAAGCUUUACUUGAUCCUUGACUUAGAUCACACACUCCUUAAUUCAACUUCGCUUGCCCAUAUUAGUUCAGAUGAGGAACACCUGAGAGGCAAAGUAGAUUCUCGGGAAGACGUCUCUAAAGGCAGCCUCUUCAUCUUGGAGCAUAUGCAUACAAUGACCAAGUUGAGACCCUUUGUGCGGACCUUCUUAAAGGAAGCUAGUGAAAUGUUCGAGAUGUAUAUAUACACAAUGGGCGAUCGAUCCUACGCCCUGGAAAUGGCUAAGCUACUUGACCCCAAAAGAGAGUACUUCCAUGAAAGAGUUAUCUCCCGAGAUGAUGGUACCCAAAGACACCAAAAAGGACUUGAUGUGGUGCUGGGCCAAGAAAGUUAUGUACUGAUAUUAGAUGAUACAGAGCAGGCAUGGACAAAGCACAAGGACAAUUUGUUACUGAUGGAAAGAUAUCAUUACUUUGCUUCAAGCUGUCAACAAUUUGGAUUCUCUUGUAAAUCACUUUCUGAGAUGGAGACAGAUGAAAACGAGGGUGAUGGAGCCCUUGCCACUGUUAUUGGAGUCCUCAAACGGGUCCAUACCAUAUUUUUUCAUGAACUCGAGGACGAGCUUGCUGGCAGAGACGUUAGACAGGUUUUGAAGACGCUUCGCAAGGAAGUCCUUGAAGGCUGUAAGAUCAUCUUCAGCCGUGUGUUUCCAACCCACUUUCCUGCCAGGCAACACCAGCUUUGGAAGAUGGCGGAGCAGUUGGGAGCCACAUGCACGGUGGACCUCGAUGAUUCAGUGACCCAUGUGGUUGCGACGGAUGCUGGGACGGAGAAGUCGCGUUGGGCUGUCAAGGAAAAGAAGUCGCUGGUCCAUCCGCGGUGGAUUGAAGCUUCCUUCUAUUUCUGGAAGAGGCAACCAGAAGAGAGCUUCUCCGUCGACCAAAAAGCCAGUAGUUAGUAUUCAUCGAUUCAAGGAUAUGGGUAGAAAGACACCUUUAGUCAGAUUUAUCUAGUGACUUGAUAAAUUCCAUUAGCUGGUUCUAUUCCUGAUGCAUGUAGAGUCUACUAGUUUUGCUUGCUGGCCUCCCUGUGGUCGCAGAAUAGCUUUUAGGAAAACUUUUGGCUCGGGAUUUUUGGACAUUCCCUUUCUCUGGAAUGGCUAUGGAGAACUUAGGUGCAGAAAUUUGGCCCUGCCUUUCGUGAAAUUCCCAAAUUGCCCCUUCAGUCGUUUCUUU